AUGGGAUACACCAAUGGCGCUACAAGUUCCGAAGAAAAUCUGCAGCGAGAACGCGCGGGUAGUAGAAGUCUACCCUUUCUGACUGACACUUUGGGAUACAGUCUUAACGAUCGGUUACUCUUUGCAGUUCCCAAGAAGGGCCGUCUUCACCAAGUCUGCCUUGACCUCCUCCACGGUUCAGACAUCCAAUUCCACCGCCACUCACGCCUCGACAUUGCGCUCGUCAAGAACCUCCCGCUCGCGCUCGUCUUCCUCCCCGCGGCCGACAUCCCCACGUUCGUCGGCGAAGGCCGUGUAGACUUGGGCAUAACGGGCCGCGAUCAAGUCGCCGAACACGAGUGCGUAGUACCUCCCACCGCGACACAGGGUGUAGAAGAAGUGCUAGACCUCGACUUCGGCAAAUGCAGCCUGCAAGUCCAAGUCCCAGCAAAGGGCGACCUGACCAAGCCUGAAGACCUCAUUGGCAAGAACGUCGUCACGAGCUUCACAAACCUCACUGAGCAAUACUUCCGGAAACUCGAGGCGGAGCAGGCUGGCAACACAAACGGUGCGGCCAACGGCGAUGCAAAACUAAAGACCGUUAUCAAAUACGUCGGCGGCAGUGUCGAAGCAGCAUGCGCCCUCGGUGUCGCAGACGGAAUCGUCGAUCUCGUUGAAUCGGGCGAGACGAUGCGCGCAGCAGGUCUAAAGGCGAUUUCCACAGUCGUUUCCUCGAGCGCCAUUCUCAUCAAGUCAAAACAUCCCUCUGAUCCUAAGCUGGUUGAGCUGAUUACCGCGAGGAUAAAGGGUGUAAUCACUGCGCAAAAGUACGUCCUCUGCACAUACAACAUCGAACGAUCCAACCUCGAGGCCGCACGCAAGGUCACGCCGGGCCGUCGCGCGCCCACAGUCAACGCGUUAGAGGAGGAUGGCUGGUUGGCGGUGCAGGCCAUGGUGCUCAGGAAGGAUAUCGCAAUUGCCAUGGAUAAGUUGACGGAGAUUGGGGCGAGUGAUUUGAUCGUUACCAAGAUUGAAAAUUCGAGAACGGGAGACUGA